AUGGGAUGGAGCCUCCUAAUUCCUAAUUCCCUGUUGUUCCUCUGUGUUCCUUGGACAUUCCUGCCCUGCCCUGCCCUGCCCUGCCCUGCUCUGCCCCACUUAAGUAUUUAUUUUAUUAAUUUUUGUGGCUCCUGUUCACACAGAUUAACCUACCAGCGGGUGGCGCUGAAGGAGAUCCGGCUGCAGGAGGAGGAGGGGGCACCCUUCACGGCCAUCCGCGAGGCCUCGCUGCUGAAAGAACUGAAGCACAGCAACAUCGUGACGCUGCACGACAUCGUGCACACCCGUGAGACGCUGACCUUUGUCUUUGAGUAUGUGAACACGGAUCUAUCGCAAUACAUGGAGAAACAUCCGGGCGGUCUGGACCAUCGCAAUGUGCGCCUGUUCCUCUUCCAGCUGCUGCGCGGUCUCUCCUACUGCCACAAGCGUCGUGUCCUCCAUCGCGACGUGAAGCCGCAGAAUCUGCUAAUCAGCGACUGCGGCGAACUGAAGCUUGCCGACUUUGGCCUGGCCAGGGCCAAAAGUGUACCCAGUCACACAUAUUCGCAUGAGGUGGUCACGCUCUGGUAUCGUCCACCAGAUGUCCUGUUGGGCAGCACCGAGUACUCAACAUCACUGGACAUGUGGGGCGUCGGCUGCAUCUUCGUGGAGAUGGUGACUGGGAUGCCAACAUUCCCCGGCAUACGUGAUACCUACGAUCAGUUGGACAAGAUAUUCAAAUUGCUGGGCACCCCCACCGAGGAGACGUGGACGGGGGUAACCCAUUUCCCGGGUUACAAGCCCCACAAGCUGGGCUUCUAUCGGCCAAGGAAACUGGGUCACAAUUUCCCACGACUGUACGACAUCAUCGAGGGCGAAACGAUAGCGAACGCCUUCCUGCAGCUGAAUCCAGAGGAGCGGAUCGGCGCCGAUGAUGCACUGCUGCAUCCCUACUUUGCGCAGUUGCCAAAGAAACUCUACGAAUUGCCAGACGAAACCUCAAUAUUCACCGUGGAAGGCGUGCAGCUGUACACGGAGCCAAAUCGACAGAAUAAAUGAAAAUUAAAGCAAGUCCUCUCUGUGGAUGGCGUACGUUUCUAUUGUUAGGGGAUCCUAAAGCAUAAUCCUCGUAAAAACCCGAGCCCCAAAUGAAAUAUAUAUACCCAGAGCCCCCCAAUCAACCUCCUGGACUAGGCACAAGACAUCCGUAAAUCAAUCGUAUCAAUCAACCUAUCAACCAAUCACUUCAGACAGCCAUAUAACCGACGAAGGAGUGUUCCAGUUGCAGACCUAUAUUUUUUUUUUUUUUGUACUAUAAUUCUAUGAUACUUUCUAGUUAUUAGUUCCAUUCGAAAGCGAGUGAGUGUAGCGCGGAGCGGAGAGAGUACUCUUCCAGUACGCAGAUACAAUUUCAGAUACACCUAGAUACACAGCAGAUAGAGCGGUUGCAGCGGAUACAGCGGCCAGCCAGUGGCAUUUUAUGUUCAGUCAAAUUGUUAAAUUUAGUUUAGAUUUCUUGUAUUUUAAGCAGACCAUCGUGUCCCGUCCCGAUCCGAUCCCUUCUCAAACCCGCGGCCUUGUCAAUAAGGAUACUCAAUUUAGUCAGUGCGCAGAGAUAUGUGCGUUUCGUGUUUAAUGUUUUUUUUUGUUUUUUCAUCAUUUUUUUGCCCAAAAUUGGGGAUUGCGCAAUGUUUUAGUGAAAGUCUCUGUCUGCGUGAAAUGAUAUGUGAAUGUGCGUGUACCCAUAUCCUACCCAAAUAUAAUUUGCUCUUUAGUUUUUAGUUAUUUUUGAGGGGAGGAAUCGCCCUAAUCGAGUGCAAUUUACACAAAAAUUGAUGGAUUGCUCGCUCAGUGCAAAAGUGGCAUCAAUUUUCACGCAAUUUGUUCAGCGAAGCGAUCCAUCAAGCACUAAAAAAGAACAACAUUAUUUCUGAUAUGAUUUCUCUCACAAGUCCUUUAGUUGGUUCCGCAUAUUUGCAGUACUAUAUAGUUUUUGUAAUGCUUCUUUGUCAAUCAAAUAAAAUGGGGGGUGUUCGCCGCGCUGUUUAAGUGAUAAUUUUAUAAUUAUUAAAUGAAUUUAUGUAAAAACAAAUAAA